AUGGCUGCGGGCAGCAAGAAAAGCAAGGCCAAGGACAAGAAUGGCAAGGCCGCGGCCAAACAGAAGAAUAAGAAGGGCAAGAGCCCAGAGGUCACAGAACCUCAACCAACUACGACGGAGACUCCUGCUCCUGGUAGCCCUGUACUUACGGCGCAGACAGCAGAGCAAGACAAAGACCAGUCAGUACCUGCUGCUGAACCACCUGUCGAAGUCGAGGCACCACCGUCUGUACCAGCAUCCGAGGUGGUCGACGAGAAUACUACACCUCAAGCCAACCCCGAUCCAGUCGCAGAUCAGCCAUCAACUGUUCUCGACAAGCCUGUAUCAGCUUACGAAGAAUUUGGCAACGACACUGCACCCCAAGACGUCUCCAAUCCUGUUGUGGACAAGCAAUCACCUGUGGCCGAGAACCCGGUAUCAGCCUACGAGGUUUUCGACCACGACACUGCACCCCAAGAAGCCUCCAACCCUGUCGUGGAAGAGCCAGCACCGCCAGUCGGAAAUCCCGUAUCAGCCUACGAGGUGCUUGACCACAAGCCUACAUCCGAAGAAGUGCCCAACCCUCUCGCAGAUCAUUCGUCGCCUCUAGUCGACAAGCCUCUCGACGAAGAGCUACAUUUGGACGAGCCAAGCUCGACUCAAACUCCAAUCGAGCACGUCGAAGUCAAGGAACCGACCCUACAGGCGCCCAUUUUGGCCCAGUCUCCAGUUGAGGACGCAGAAGCAAAAGAAGAACAGCCUGACCAGACUACGCAAGUCGAUCCACAGCAAGACAGACCCUCCGAAGAAACGACAACUGUGGUCUCGCAACCACCGGCCAACCCAUUCUCCCCUGUCGCCGCUGGUGUGCCGUUGCCCUCGCCCUCAUUGACCGAGGCACGGUUUAUGUCAAGCCCUUCCCAAGAUAACCAGCUUUAUCAUCCUGCACCAUCAGCGUAUUCUCCAUACGCCUCACCAAAUACCUACGCUUCGCCAAAUCCCUACGCCUCCCCGAAUCCCUACACCUCACCGAACCCCUACUCGGCACCCAAUCCGUACUCAGCACCAGCCCAUUACGCCUCUCCAAGCGCCUACGCUUCGCCAGUGCCGUACGCUGCCUCGCCAGUGGCAACCUCUUACGUUUCGCCAAACGCGUACGCUUCACCGGUACCACACUCUGCAUAUUACGCUGGUUCCUACGCUGGUUCCUACGCUGGUUCCUACGCUGGUUCUCCGGUGCCAUACACUUCACCUGCUGCGUACGCCGGCUCCCCAGCGCCUUACGCCUCACCAAUACCCUACAGUUUACCCGGACCUUACGCCGGUUCACCAGUGCCCCACGCCUCAUCAGUAGGCUAUACUGCCUCGCCAGUGCCCAAAGUCAGCAGCCCACUUGCACAUUCCCAUCGGCCCCAAAUGUCUCCCACUAUGUCCCCUACUGCAACUCCUCCUCCCCAGGAUCCCCCUGCUGCGCCAAUGGCCCCUCCAGCAGCACCUCCUUCCACCGCUCCAAGUGUCCCGACUGCCUACGAAACCCCCGUCAUGACCUCUGCCAGAAUGGUGUCUCCUUAUGCGCCCUACUCCCCCCAUCAUGCAGCGGAUGCUCAUUACAUGCAACGAAGCUACAGCAUGCAGGAUCAACAAUAUGCGGCAUCAUACCAGGCCCUGCAAAACCUUUCCAUGGGUCAACCUUAUGACAAUGGCUCUCCCCCAGAAGGAGAUAGCGAGCACAUUGAACUUCUCCAACGCAUCCAGUCGGCCCUUCCAGACAUCAACCGUCUCCUGCAUGGGUUCCGCACUACCCACAGCAAGCUCUCGACCCGAGAGGCUGAGAUGAAACAUAUCGGGAGCCAGCAUGAACAGGCAUUAAUGCAUAAGGACUACUACAUUGAAGCUCUGCAAGCCCAGAUGAAGAAGACCGCCAAUGAGAGCGCCGAAGAAGCCUCCAAAUUGAAGCACACCAUAAACGAAUUGCGCCUGGAACUUGGAGACCUGCAAGAGAAGCAAAAAGAUCUUGAGGACGGACUCGUUAAUCACCAGAAGACCAACGAGGAGCUGACGCAGUCCAAGGUCGAGCUCGAAGACCAAAUCAACAAGCUGAAUGAUAGCAUCAAAGAGGCGACAGAGGCCCACGAGAAAGAGCUGGUGUCUCGGAAGAAUGAACAGGAAAGGGCUCUUGAGGUACAGAAACAGGAGCUCACUGAGUUGUUUGAGGAGAUCAAGAGCGAAGACGAGAAGACAGCUGCAGAGAACCUGGAGGCUCGCGAAAAGGAACUUCGUGACGAGCAUGAAGCCAAGAAGAUCGAAUGGGAGAAGGAGAAGACCCAAAUGCGGGAAUCAUUCGAAACCCAGAGCACUGAGUUAGAAGCCACCAAGACAGAGGUGGCAUCCCAGAUUGCCGCCUUGGAAUCCAAAGAGACCGAGCUGCAAGCCAAACUAGCCGAGCUCACAUCUGUACGCGAGGAACUGACAGCGAGGUUGGCUGAACUGGAAGCUUCACGAAACGAGCUGGAGGAAGCCAACCGAAGGCAUACCCAAGAAUCUGAACAACUUCGACAAGGCCAUGCCGGUGAAUUGGAAAACCUGCGACAAUCCCAUGAUGAGCAUCUCGCUGCUGCUACCAAGGAAAUGCACGAGAAGAUUGCAGCUAUCGAGACACAUUUCAACGAGAAAGAACAGCUUUGGGCCAAAGAACGCGCCGCUAUUGAGAAGUACCUCGCCGAGAAGGAAAGCGAACUCGCCAGUGCUGAACGAGAGAAGGAAAAGUUGGAGGAGGAAGGAAUCAUCAAAGAGCAGCAUCUUCAACGCGCAGUUGACGGAAUGCGAAUGACCAUCGAUAAUCUGGGUGGAGAUUGCGACAGACUGAGAAAGACAUUGCUCAGUCUGGGAGAGGCCACUGACCUCAGAAACACCAAGGGCGAUCAAUUCUUUUCGGACUGCUUCACGGAACUCUCCCAGCUCAUCCACGAUCUCUCCCUUGAACACUUCAGCUACCUCCCCAUCGACCCCCCAAAAGACAUUCUCUCCAAGAUCCCCUCCGAACUGCCCCCCUUCCUCGACAACACCCCAGCCUCCCGCGACCUCCGCUGCGCCUACAUCCAACACAUAAUCUCCAAAACCCUAACCUUCCGCGUCUUCCAACCCUUCCUCUUCACCCUGGGCCGACGCUACGACAAAGCCGACACCUUCUUCCAAAUGCUGUCCAUGGACAUCCGACGCAAAUCCGUCCGCCGCGAAGCCUUCUGGCGCCAACAAACCCUAAAAGCAGCCUACACAACCUCCGACGCCAAACAAUCCAUCAACGUCGCUGCCGCAGUCAUCGUCGACGAAAUCAUCGACCACAUCAAGCACUUCGCAGACCCGAAGCAUCUAGACUCCCUCCUAACCGGCGUUCGCAAAAUCGUCAAACUGGCUGCCGAAACUUGGAGACACGCUCGCGUUGAACGGGAGCUUGUUAUCGCUAGCUUCCCGGCCCCGGACGCGGAGAGCGUCUCCAAUGAGGGCUGGCUUGAGUAUGCGGCUAAUGGGGAGCUGAAGAAGGUUGGCGGUGGUAAUGAGCCUACUCGUCAUGUUGUGCUGCGCACGUUCCCGCGUAUCAUGCGUGAGGCGGCGCAUGAGGACUUUGCUACUGACGAGGAGAAGGUGUCUUCUUGUACUUAUUCGCAGGGUGUGGUGCUGUACUCGGAUUCGGCGGUUGUUAUGGGGAGGCUGCAGGAGUUGGCGAAGAGGUCGACGGACUGUCUUGUUGCUGAGCAGGGGCAGACGUCGCCUGCUAGAAGGGGGGUUGAGAAGUUGGCUAUUGAUGUGCAGACGCCCAAGGUUAUGACUGUUAGGUCUGCUCCUACGAGUCCUGGGACUAAGGGUCAGUUUAUGAGGAUGUGA